GAGUCGAGUCAUGAGGCAAACCUUGCCCGGACUGUAUGUCCAUCUGUCCGUCCAACUGAAUCCAAAUUCAUCAUCCCUUCGUCCUCGCCAUUGCUUUCGUAGCUCGAACAACAUCAUCGCGCUGCUGCUGCUGCUGCUGCCCCUUUCUGCUUCGUCACAUCCUUUUCCGCCUUCCUCGUCGUCAAGCACCGUCGAGCUCGCUUGAAAUUCACACAAGAUCGCCCGCCCACGAUGGUCGCCCUAUCAGUCUCAUCAGCUCCAGUGGUAGAGUGCAUGCCUGUCAAAUGCGACAAGUGUGGCAAGACGACGUGGAAGGGUUGCGGAAGACAUGUCGAUGCCGUGAGUGCUGCUCUGGCCCUGGGCAAGAUAGCCUGCUCUCUGACGGCGUGCUACGGCUGCUUGCUUGCUCGCUCAUCGCUCGCGCUGCUGCUAGCACUGAUCCUCACACUCAUACUCUUGAACAGGUCAUGGGUCCCAUUCCCGAGGAGGACAGGUGCGCAUGCCCACGCUAAGCUCCUCUUUCAGCGUGACCAAGACUGGCACUCUCUUCACCAUGCACACAAGCCCUUCUUUCCCUCUGGCUCACGUCCUGAGCACACCAGUCGAUGCUCGUGACUUCCCCUACCUGAUUCACUUGUCCUGGCACACGUCCAGUCGAUUGUCCCAGGAAUCAAAGACGACACGUCAACAUGAAAUUAAAGCCGAGAAUCGCCCGGGGAACAAAAGAGCUGCAAGAAAUUUGUCCACAG